GCCGCCGAGCCCAGCCGUUGUCCGAGCGCCGGCGAAGGGGCCGCCAUGGCAGAGCUAGGCCUUAAUGAGCACCACCAGAAUGAAGUGAUCAACUACAUGCGCUUUGCUCGUUUCAAGCGUGGCCUGUGUCUCAAAACAGUGGAUUCUUGUUUUCAGGACCUUAAGGACAGCAGACUUGUUGAGGAGACCUUUACAGUCGAUGAGGUGAUAGACAUGCUGGAUGGACUGCAGACCAUUGUACACAGUGAAGUGGAGUCGGAGCUCAUAAAUACGACUUACACCAAUGUUUUACUUCUGCGGCAGCUCUUUUCGCAAGCUGAGAAAUGGUACCUUAAGUUACAGACGGACGUCUCUGAAUUGGAGAAUCGAGAAUUGUUGGAACAGGUUGCUGAGUUUGAAAAGUCAGAAUUUACAUCUUCGAACAAGAAGCCCAGUGCAGAUCUCAUUAAACCAAAACUGGCUCCAUUAAAUGAAGGUGGGUCAGAGCUGCUAAACAAGACAGUUGCUUGUCUCCAAGAAGAAAAUGAAAAAUUGAAGACCAGACUCAAGACAAUAGAAACACAGGCUACAGCUGCACUAGAUGAGAAGUCCAAGCUAGAGAAGUCACUGAAGGAUUUACAGAUGAUUCAAGGAGAUCAAAAGAUGAAUGCAAACCAGGAUAUCACCGAACUGGAGAAUAAAGUGGCAGCUUUGAAAUGCCAGUUUGAGAAGACUUUGAAUGACUCUACUGCAAACCAAAAAUUCUUGGAAGAGAACUUGGUGACAACAAAACAUGACUUACUUAAGGUUCAGGAUCAGCUAUCCACAGCUGAAAAGGAAUUGGAGAAGAAAUUUCAGCAAACAGCUGCCUAUCGCAACAUGAAAGAGAUUCUCACUAAGAAGAAUGAACAGAUAAAGGAUCUACGUAAAAAACUUUCCAAAUAUGAGCCGGAGGACUAAAAUACCAAAAACAUCUGAUCUAUCAGAAGCUGCCAUAGAAAGAAAAUGUAGACUGGUAUUAUUUUUCAAUAAUUUUUGUUUUGAAUGGUAUAUUUUUUGCUUCUAGUGCUUAAAAUAACUUUUUAUUAAUACUAAUAACACGCUGAAACUCUUACCUUACUUCCUUGUAAACCUACAAUUUAUAGGUAUUCGUUUCUGUAGUCACGUUUUUAGUUGUUAACCAUCAACAUUCCUUGAGAAAUAGCAAACAGGAGCUUAUUGAAGGACUGAGAUCAUUCUCUACAAAGAAAGGAGUUUAUUUUUGUUAAGAAAAGAAAAAAAAGAAAAAAAAUAAGCAUUAGGGUUUUUGAUGUCUCUGAGGUGGAAACUCCAGUUGUUACUUUUGUAUAGUUAAUGUAGCCAUGAAGUGGCAUUAUAUGUGAAAAUUCCAUCAGUGGAAGUAAAAAGUAGGAGGAAAAAUGAAACACGCUGAUUCUGCAAUGUUAUUUCACACUGGACAUGUCAUACCUCAGCAAAAUGUGAUCAGUAACAUUUUGCUAGAGGAUGUUCAUUAGAUAGUGAGGUAAAUAUGCGUUAUAGCAGAAGCACUGGACCCUUUCAAAUAAAGCCACUAAUUGAAGUUAAGCUUUUUCACUUGAAUUUAUUUGAAACAAAUUUUAACAUCAGAAGACAGAUUCUGAUUUUGCCAGUAUUCUUAAUAUUAAGACGAUAAUCUGAAAAUGCAUGGGGAAGUUGCUAAUGGAGCAACUUUCUUGGGAAAUAAGUUAUUUUAGAUGUUUUCAUCUCCUUUCUUAAUGUAACUUCACCAGAAAACAGCUUACUUCUCUCAAGUCUUUUACUUGUAAUCCUCUGCCUUGCAUUUAUCUGGCAGCCUCUUAAUAGUGCAUUCUACUUGUUCAUCUGUCCCUGUUCAUAUGUAUGUUGUAUUUUACUCCAAAUAAAACCGUUAUGUUUU